AUGAAACAAAGAAUUAGUUCUCUGGACUUACAGAUACUUUCAAAGGAGCUCAAGAAGCAGCUUGAAGGCUAUCGACUAUCUAAUAUUUAUAAUAUUGCUGAUUCGAGUCGGCAAUUUCUAUUGAAAUUUGGAAAACCGGACUCGAAACUCAAUGUGAUUAUUGAUUGCGGUUUAAGAAUUCAUUUGACCGAAUUCAGUCGUCCUAUUCCACCAACACCAUCUGGUUUUGUUGUGAAGUUGCGCAAGCAUUUAAAAUCGAAAAGACUUACCACGGUUAAGAGAGUUAACAAUGACAGAAUUCUGGUUCUAAGUUUUAGCGAUGGGAUGUACUUCCUGGUCUUGGAAUUUUUCAGUGCAGGUAACGUCAUCCUUUUGGAUUCUGAUAGGAAGAUCAUUGCAUUACAGAGAAUAGUACACGAAUACGAAAAUAAAGUGGGGCACAAGUAUGAGAUGUUUGAUGACAAGUUUUUGGAUGAUGUUAAAGUCACAAUCCCUGAUGUUCAAAUCCAUACGGAAUCAUCAGUUUCUGAUUGGAUAGAGGAUGCAGCCGUUAAAGCGUCUGCCAAGUCAAUUGGAGAUCGGAAGAAAAGUGCCAAGAUACCAUCCAUUCAUAAGCUUCUCUUUAUUCAUGCGCCACAUCUAUCCUCGGAUCUAAUAUCGCGAAACCUGAAAAAAAAUGGAUAUGAUCCGUCUUCAUCAUGUCUUGACUACCAGCAAAAACUCUCGAGCAUUGUUGAUUUGCUAGAUUCAACUGAAAAGGAAGUCCAUGAACUGUUGAGUGCAGACUCCAAAGUGGGAUACAUUGUGACAAAAAAGAAUAUCAAUUUUGAUCCUACUGAUAGUGCGAAGAGCAUCGAAUAUAUCUACGAGCAGUUUCAUCCUUUUGAUCCUUUCAUAGAGCGUAAAGGUAAUGCAGAAGUCAAAAUUAUAGAAGUAAAAGGAGAUUAUAACAAGACGGUCGAUAACUAUUUCUCGACGAUUGAGUCUUCAAAGUACGCCUUGAGAAUUCAAAAUCAGGAGCAAUUAGCCAAAAAGAGACUUACCGAUGCGAGACUCGAAAAUGAAAAAAGGAUUCAAGCUCUUAGAGACGUGCAAUCAUCCAACGAACAGAAAGGCCACCUGAUUAUAGCCAACGCAGACUUGGUGGAGGAGGCACAAUCUGCAGUAAGGGGAUUAGUCGAACAACAGAUGGACUGGAACACAAUUGAAAAAAUGAUAGCUAAUGAACAAAUGAGGAAAAACAGAGUGGCAUUACUGAUUCAACUUCCUCUAGAUUUGAAAAACAAUAAAAUCACUUUAAAGUUGCCAUCGAUAAGAGAGUCUGCUGAUGAUUCUAGUUCUGAAGAGAGCAGCGGUGAGUCGGAUUCCUCUGAUAGUGAACUUUCGGACUUUGAAACUGAGGAACUGCAGCUGCCCUCGAAAAGUAUUGAGAAAAACUCUGAGAAAAACGCACUACCGGCGUACGUCAAUGUGGUGGUGGAUUUCACGUUAUCUUCGUUUGCGAAUGCGUCCAAUUAUUUCAACAUCAAAAAGUCUACUUUAGAAAAGCAGAAGAAAGUUGAAAAGAAUGCAAGCAAGGCUCUAAAGAACAUUGAACUUAAGAUUGAAAAAGAUCUUCAGAAGAAACUGAAGGAGUCUCAUGAAACUUUAAGAAAGACACGAAAACAGUAUUUUUUUGAGAAAUAUAACUGGUUUUUAUCAAAUGAAGGUUUUCUUGUAAUCAUGGGCAAAAGUGGGGCAGAAACAGAUCAAAUAUAUUGUCGUUAUAUUACAGACCGUGAUGUUUACAUCUCCAAUAGUUUUGGAAUUCAAGCAUGGAUUAAAAAUCCUGAUGGCACGGAAAUUCCACCUAAUACGUUAAUGCAAGCGGGAGUUAUGUGUAUGUGUGCGUCCCCUGCCUGGUCAAAAAAAAUUCAGUCCUCUCCAUGGUGGUGCUUUGCAGCAAAUUUGAGCAAAUUUGACGCAGUAGAUGGCAGUGUCCUCCCAAUAGGAGCAUUCCGUAUCAAAGAGGAAAACCAGAAAGUGUUUUUACCACCCGCACAGCUGGUGAUGGGAUUCUCAUUCCUAUGGAAAGUUAAAGUACCUGGAAGUGAAGAUUUGGAUUCUGAUUCCGAAGAAGUUGUAAAUGAUGUUGAUGAGGAUGAAAGCAAUCGUCGAGAGGAAAAAGAAUCAGAGAGAUCUGAUGAUAAGUCAAUUUCCGAAAAACUUGAGAUGGCUCACAUUGGUGAUACGGAAAGUACUCAUGGAAGCGCUGUUUCAGAAACGGGAUCAGAUUUAGGGGACAAUGAGGUACUCACCCCAAACAAUGCUCUCGAUGCAUCGUCGUCCAAUUCCACUUUUCAGAAUAUCAACAGGAAUAUCAGAGGGAAAAGAGGAAAGUUAAAGAAAAUUCAAAAGAAAUAUGCAGAUCAGGACGAGGAAGAACGUAUGUUGAGGUUGGAGGCUUUAGGUACGUUGAAGGGUAUUGAAAAGGAGCAGAAGAAAACACAAGAAACUUUGAUCAAACAGCAUGUGCGGGAGGUCCAAAAUGCAAGGCGCGAAAAGCAAAAACAAAUACAAGCAUUGAAGUUCAAUGAAAGCGAAAAAGUCAAUAUUGACUACAAUAAAAUUUUCAGUGGAUUGAAACCCUCAAUUGGUAAAGAUGAUGAGCUUCUGGGAGUGAUACCUUGUUUUGGCCCGUGGUCAGCCUUAACAAAGUAUAAAUAUAAGGUUAAAAUUCAACCUGGAGCGGGAAAGAAGACCAAAUCUUUAACUGAAAUUCUACAUUAUUUCAACAAAAGGAGGAUAGAUGAAGAAGAAGCCGACAGAGAAUUAGAUUGGCCCAGGGAACAUGAAUUGAUUAAACAGUUGAAACCGGCAGAGCUUGUACCUUUGAUAUAUGUUGACAAAUUGAAGCUGGUGAUUCCUGGUCAACCAGAUUCUAAAAAAGGCAAGAGUAAUGGUGCUAAAUCGAAAAAGGGAGCCUCGAAAUGA